UUGAGUUCAGUCUGAGAAAAACGAUCGGAGAUCCAGGAGGUGUCUGCUGGACGUGGUGUGCGCCAUUCGAACGUCGAUGCUGUGUUGUACAUAUUGUUUAUAUAUAGAAAGAUAGAACAUCUCUGUGUUCCCAAACGUGAGUGUGAGUGUGUGCGAGUGUCUGGUGGAUUUCAAAUUGGAAUUGGAAGAGGAAUACGUGUAUAUCAGCUGCACCAGCACAGUUUCAAAUAAUGCCACAGGCCAAAAAUGUGAAUAUAUCCUAAUUACACAUUUUCCGAUCCAUUGUGCCCGACGAAUACGCGUAAUUACCAGCGGAAAAUUUCAUUUCAGUGAAUCGGAAACGGAAAAAUUCAAAUUUUUACCGUCGUUUGUGUGCGGCGCGUUCUAAAUAUAAAUAAAAAGAAAUCGCUUUCGGUUAAUACCCACCCGACAAUACUGCGCCCUAAUCCUAGCCAGCAAGUCCUGAAAGUCCCAUGCCAAAGUGGCCCUGUUUCGGCUAAUUAUAUAGUGAGACCUGAGCAUGGAAAGAUCGCCAGCAGACAAUGCCGCGGAGCCUCCUGGUCGGGACGGAGGAUUCGAAGCGGGCCAGCGCCAACCGCCCCGCAUCACGUUCAGCGAGAACUCCAGUUCCUUGAUCCGCUGCAUCCCAAACGAACGCGCCACGUUAUUCGUGAAGAUCGACUGCGCCGAGGAGGAUGAGCCGGAACUGCUGCCCUUCAAAUUCGAGUGGUCCCGAAAUGAGAUUCCCAUCGAGAACUCCGACCGCUUCCGCAUCACGGCCACCAGCAAUGCCGUUCAGCUGGCCGUGGAGCAUGUGCAGCGGGAGGACGCCGGCCACUACACUCUGUUCGCCAGGACGAAGAGCCAGGAUGUGGUGCGCAGGCACGUGGAGCUCAUCGUGGAGGACAGAUCCACGGGCGACGAUCCGCCUGUGUUCCUGCGCCGCCUGCUCGACCUCUCCGUCAAAGUGGGCACCCGGACACGCCUUCUAACCGAAAUUCGUAGUUCCACAGAUCUUAAGCUCACCUGGUACAGAAACGACCGAAGGGUGUGUGCGAGCGACCGCAUCACAGAAGUCAAUGAGGGCACCUUCCACUAUCUGGAGGUGAGUCCUGUGACCCUGGAUGACGGCGGCCAGUGGAUGCUUAUGGCGGAGAACUUUGGUGGACGCAACUCCUGCCUGGGAACGCUCAAUGUGCUGGUGCCGAAGGCCUACAAGACCCCGGAGUUUGUGGAGGAGCUGCGGGCGGUGCUCACGGAGCAGGGCACAGUCUCUCUGGAGUGCAAGGUGGUGGGCGUGCCCACGCCCCAUCUGCGCUGGUUCAAGGACUCCAAGGAGAUCAAGGCCGGCGACAUGUUCGCCCUCACUGCCAACGCAGACGACCCCACUUCGCUGGGAACGUACACCUGCGAGGCGCGCAACUGCAUGGGCGUCACUUACUCCAGCUCCAAGGUGCAUGUGGUGGGACGCGGGAGUCGCGAGGGAUCUCUUAAACCGGCGGACAGCGUGGCGAGCAAUGCGCCGCCUCCGAUAUUCACGAACGAACUGCGGGACAUGAGCCUGCUCAUCGGGGAGACCAUCAUUCUCGGCUGUCAAGUGGUGGUACCGCCGUGGCCCAAAAGCGUCUGCUGGUACAAUGCGAAUGGACGCGUCGAGACCGGCGAGCGGUACAAACUGAUCGAGGACGGCCUGGGCGUCUAUAUGAUCGAGGUGAAGCCCUCGGAGUGCUGCGAUGCUGGAGAAUGGAAGUGCGUGGUGACCAGUUUCGACGGCAGCGUGGGCGUCUCAUCGUGUUCCGUUGCCAUGGAUAUUCCCAGGAACUAUCGCAAGCCCCGGUUCAUGGAGAGUCUACGCGCCGUGCUCACCGAGGAGGGACUUGUGUCUUUCGAGUGCAAGGUAGUGGGCUUUCCCACGCCCCUGCUCAAGUGGUUUAAGGAUGGCCACGAACUCAAGCCGGGCGAUGUUUAUCAGUUGACAGGAACCAACUCCUUGGGCACCUACUGCUGCAUCGCCCGUAAUUGCAUGGGAGAAACUAGUAGCACUGCCGUUCUCACCGUGGAGGACAUCCAAAACCAACUCACCGACGAAGAGCGAAUGGUCUUCACCCAACAAAACCAAAACCAAGCGCCAAAGUUUCUAACUGGCCUCAAGAGCACGGAUGCCAAGAUCAACGAACCCUUCCAGAUCAAGGUGGUGGUGAGGGCCACCCCGGAUCCCAUUCUUUCUUGGUUCCGUGACGAGCUGCCCAUUGAUCCGAACGAACGAUAUAACCAUUACCGGGGAGAAAACGAGGACUGGCUACUGGACAUUAAGUCCGUGGAGUUUGUGGACCAAGCGGAGUGGAAGUGUGUGGCCGUAAACGACUUCGGAACGAGCAUCACCUCCUGCUUCCUGAAGCUGCAGAUACCACGGCACUACAAGAAGCCCCGCUUCCUGGAAUGCCUGCGAGCGGUGCUUACCGAGGAGGGAGCCGUGAAUCUGGAGUGCAAGGUCAUCGGCGUUCCUCAGCCCGCCCUCAAGUGGUACAAGGAUGGCGUAGAGCUCAAGCCGGGCGACAUUCACCGCAUCAUUUCUGGCCAGGAUGGCACCUGCUGCCUGGGCACCUACACCUGCGAGGCCAGGAACUGCAUGGGUGUCGUGGCCAGUUCGGCCUCGCUCCUGGGCUUCGAGGAUGCCCAGAGGAGUCAGCAGCAGCAGCAGAAGAGCGAGCAGUCGCACGAGAACGAGUUGCAGAGGAACUUCUCCUUGUCCACCAUCCAGGAAGAACGCACCUCCCAGAUGUACGAGACUCCUGUCGGCGAUAUAACCAUCGAUGAGAAGGGCGACGUGUCCUUCUCCUUCGACGGCAAGGAGGUCUCGGUUUCACUCUACGAGACUCCCGAUCUCACGGAGGAGGAGGCCCUCAAAAUUGUGGAAAUGUAUGCUGACCAAAUCUCGGAGCAUGUGACUGAGCACAAUAUCGUAGAACUGCCUCCGCUGCGUUUUGUGAAGGAGACUUCACAGUCGGGAAAACUUCUGAUGGAAGCCGUGGUUAUUGAUAUAUCCCCCGAAUAUUUCACAGUGGAAGACGAUAUGCGUACUGAGGCCGAUAUGGAUGACAUAUCCAUAAACGAGAUCACGGUGCACGGCUCUUCGGGAAGGGAAGAAAGAGUCGACAGGGAAACGGAGCAAUUUGUUCAGGAUUCCUUUAACAAAAUGGAGGAGGAGCUUUCGCUAUCAGCGCCAAUUCGAAAGCGGAAGAAGUCCAAGCCCACAGAGACAGAUGAGUUCUUCAGCUUGUCGAAAGCCUCGGCCUCCGGUAGUCAAGGUGAGGAGGAGACAUCCGACUUGCAAACCUUUGCCAGUGCCCAGAUGUCCGCAUCCCAAAAGGCGGCCUCUGAAGCGCAAACCAGUCCGGAAAAGGCGGCCUCUGAAGCGCAAACCAGUCCGGAAAAGGACAAGGACGCAAUGGCCCCGCCGAAACGAAAGAAGUCUAAGAAACCCACAGACAGUGAUUCCUCCAAGACCACUGAGGAUGAAGCUCGUUUGCAGGACAUUUCGGGUGCUGUGGGUGAUGGACUCAUGGUCAGACCAUCCUCCCACGCCAAAGCAAUUACCGACGAGAAUGAGAUCAAUAAAAAUCUAAUGGCCCUCGUUCCACUGGCAAAGUUGCUCAAGGUAAUUGAGAAUCAUUUGACAGCAGUCGAGAAUGAGGUGAUGGAACAGUCCACCAUGAUGAUGACCCCGUCGGCUGCAGAUCAGAGCAUUGCCAUCAUUCGCAACAUCAUUGAUCCUAUUAAGCAAAUCGAAUCUAAACUGAGGGUCUACUCUGGCGAAACCCAAAUCGACGCUCUCAUUCAAUCCAUGGACGAGGACAUUCGCCGGCUGCACAUGGGUUUGCAGGUGAUCGAAAAGUGUGUGGAGAUUGACGAAACUGGAGCCACGCUCAUCCAGCGCACCAGUGUCUGCAUUAUUGACAGCGUGGCCGACCAAAUGAAACGAGCCCUCGAAGAACUGAAGAUCGUGAGCAGGAAGUUCGAGUCGGAGUGCCUACGUUCCCAAAUCGAGCUGACUGCCGAUGACAUUCAGCAGGGAUUGGAGAUCACGCAGGGCACAAUUAAAUCACAGGCCCUUCUGCAGGAGGCUCAGGAGCUGGAGGCAGCCAAGCAUUUCUCAGAGACUGUUGAAAAAAUGCAAGAAGUUCCCGACUCCAUAUCCUUCGCCACCAUUUCGGAGGCGAAUCUGCCCAGUGAAGCGAGCGCUCUAAAGGAAAUUUGUAAACCUGUUGCCAAGAUUCAGGAAGCGCUAGAGCGCGUUGAGAUGGAGCUUUCAUUGGAAGAGUCGGAGGAGCAGAUCUACAAGAAGGUGCACCAGAAAGUGCUCGAGAGCAUUGUGGAGCCGAUUAAGCAGCUACAAAGUACCCUCCAGUCCAUCGAGGAUAAAACGGAGUCCCUAGUUGGUUCCGAGUCAAUGGAGCAGAAAAUCAACAUGGCCAUUCUUGAUAUUGUCACCCCACCACUUUUCGAGCUCAACAAGGGUCUGGAAGUCAUUCUAAACGAAAAGUCAGACAGUGUGGAUGGAGGCAUGCUGACCGUUAGUACUGUAGAAUCGAUGGUGCCACCGCUGCAGGAGAUCCAAAAUGGGCUGGCACAACUGGGUCAAGAUCUGGAGAGCGGUCAGGCCUCCAUGCACCAGGAGGAACUCCGAUCUGAGCCAGCACUGGAUGUGGCUGACACCCAGAAACUUUUGCAGUCCUUCGCCCAGGCUGUUUUGCAUUUUGAGACGAACAUAGAAAGGAUCUCUCCCAGACUCUCCUCGAACGUAAAAAUACGAUUACUAAACCUCAAGGAUGAACUGUCAGCUUUGAUAAGCUCCAUUUUGGAAAGAGACAUUACCGGACAUCAUGUGGAGCUGCUGGACAGACUGAAGCGACCCGUCGACGAGUUGAACUAUUGCAUUCGGCAGACGGAGGUCAAGAAUAUGACUGGUUCCUUGGCCGACCUGAUUGAACCCUUGAGCAUGUUGCAGGAAAACACCCAAAAAGGUCACGGGCGUUUGUUGACAGCCCGGGAACCUGAUCAACAAGCUCUGCAGACCCUGGACAACAUCCGCAGCAUCAUUCGCAACGUGGUCAUUGAUAUUGAAGAACACGAGUUUAAGAUUCUGCAGCAGGAGAUUCAACAGGAUGAGGAGCAAGCCUCGCAGCAGCAGGACAAAUCUUUCAGUGCCUUGCGCAAGGUCCUGGAAACAAAGGUGUCCCUGGAGGAGGCAGUAGGCAACAUUGAAACACUGCAGGAAGCAUUGAACAAAAUUAGCGAGAGCUUAAAAGCUUCGGAGCGAGUGAAAACAUCAUCAAACGAAGCUCAAGUCCACCUUUUGAGGAUCUUGCAAAUUGCCAAAGGACUGGCCACAUUUAGCGAGGCGGAGACAACGCUCGAUGUCAACGAGGCCAACACAACCAGAAUCCUUUUCGAGUGUGGCAAGAGUUUUGCUGACUUGGCUAAAGCCCUGGAAAGUCCUGAAUCCUUGUCCGACAAUGAACUUCUGCAUGCCCUGAAUCAGUUUGGCGAUAUUGUUGGCCAACAAAAGCAGUCAAUGGAUGAGAAGCUUUCCAUAGCCAGUCCUCUCUCCAGUCUGAUUCAUGUGCUUGAAAACCUGAAGCCACCAAUGGCUUCAAUGGAAGAUUUGUCCACUUUGGAUGAUGUGUCAGUGCUUAAGUCAGCCGCAGAGUCUUUGCCCACCGAACCGGAGGCGGAACCCUUGAGUGCCGAGAAGCCAUCUUCUGUAGCUGUCCUGCUGUCGGACUUAAACCAAGGUAUCACUUCGGUUCUUUCACAUUGUGAAGAUCCCGACGUAGUCUCUCUACACGGAACUACCGCCCAGCAAGUCCAGGCAGCCAUAGUCAAAAUGCAAGAGCUGCAGAAUAGUUUGGCACUGGUGCACGAAACUAACGUGGCGGAAACAGCCCAUUCUUUGUCGGAGGCUAGUCAACAGGGCACCUUUGCCGAAGCCCUUUGCAGCUUGGAGCGAUGUGUGCUCCAAGUCGAGGAGUGCAUGGCACACAGUGGAGUGGAGAAUAUGAGUGAACUAGAACUCUCGAAACUUAAGACUUUGGCCACUCCACUUCGCGAUGUGAGGCAGUACUGCGAACAGAUUGAUGUACAACUUCUGGAAAAUGUCGUUGAUAUAUCCACGCAGGGGGAUAUCUCUGACUUAAAGAGCAGUGGUCAUCAGCAAACCGUUUCAGAUCACAUCCAGGAAGUAGCUCUCGUUGAAGAAGAGCCAAAAGUGGAAGUUUUUGACAUACAACAAGGUGUGGCAAGUGGCAUUAAACAACUUGAAGCUUGUCUGGAAGUCACCCACGCAGAUGCGAAUAAGGAGCUCCAGCAAGUUGGUAAAAUAAUGGAGCAGCUUAAAUCAGAUCUAGAGAACAUACAGACUGCUCUGGUCACAGAUAGUGUUCAGCAGGAAACUGUUUUGGCUCAAGCUGAAAUAGCCCGCACCAUGUUUAGAUUGAAGGAGUCCUUGGUGCACACCUAUGAAUCUGGGUUGGUGGACUCGUUGGAGAACGUGGAAAGUGCCUUUGAAGACAUAUUGCUUUCCUUACCAAUUCUAGAGACUCAGUUGGCCGAGGAGAUGUUUGGCAAAAUCGAAAAGGCCUUCAGCAACUUUGUUGUCCAUUGUGAGCGGCUAGAUGCUGUUGAUAAUCAAAAGCUCAAAACUCUCAAGAAUCCAAUUGAAAACCUUGUGCGAUCUAUUGGAGCUGUGGCCGCUCAACCAACUGUCGAUGUCGACAAAUCAUCAGCGGUCGUUGUUCAACUUCAGACCAGUCUGAUGGCAGCUUUUCGCAGUCUUAAUGAAGUUAGUGAUGAGGUCAGUAAUGAGGUAUUGGGUGGACUCUUAAAGACUCAAAGUAGCUUGGUAACUGUUUUCGACUUUAUCGAAAACAAUGAGAAUACUAUUCGUGUCAUAGAACUUUUACAGGAAAUUGAUUCCAUUACAGCGGAAUUAAAGGCACUAUCUCAAAUUCCGAAUGAACCUACAGUGCCAAUUGACAUAAGCAUAAUUAUUGAAAAUGUUUCGUCCGGCAAAACGUUCCUGACGGAAAUCGAGGAGGGGCUUCAAGCUAAUAACCCCCAGUGCAUUCUUUUGCUCGAUGAAAACACUGACGACAUCGCUCAACUAGAAGCAACACUUGUGCAAAUCGAGAAAGAAAUCCUUUCUCAACCACAACUUACACAGAUUACUGCUAAGCAAUUUAGCCUCAUCGAUACUCUGCAGCUACAGAUAAAUGUUCUACAGGAAAAGUUGAACAAAUUAAAUGUAUUCCUUUCCGAUCUUCAAAAUCAGUCGGACGUCUCCUCGCCUGAAUCAGCCUUCGAUACUGACAUAGAAGUCAAAGAGGGAUCUGGAAGCCAGGAAGACAUCGAACCAGAAGCCAAAAGGCCAAAAAUUGUGGAAACUCAGCAACAACUGGAUUCCAAAAAGCUGCCUGAGUCCAAACCAAUUGUAACUGAAGAAAUACCUAAGAAAACGAUUGAUGAUUCCAAAAAGUCGAAGGAAACUGAACUUCUACCCGACGACAAGACACUUAUGGAAAAAGAACUGAAAAUUAAGUCGACGAGUCAAGAUAGUGACCAGAAGGCAAAGGAUGCAUCAGAGGUCGUUCCCGAAAAGGUAUCUGAUUUGGAAAUAAAUGAACCAAAUCUAAUUGAGAAUGAAAAGGGACAAAAAGAUAUAAAUGCUGCGCUUCAAAAGGCAUCUCCAGAAACAAUUUUUGAGGCUUUAACGCAAAAGUUAUCCGUGGCUAACUAUGAUACAGACAAUGAUGGAAUAAAAUCUAUUAUUGCAGAAAGCCAAGACAUUCUUGAAAAUAUCAAUAACGUUGAUAAAGUUUCAAAAUCUAUUUUUAAAUUAAGAGAGCAUAUAGUUCACACAUAUGAUGGCAAGCCACCAGAAGAACAGAAAGACAAAGAACUUGUUGAAGAAUUUAUUGAAUCACUCUUCGAAGCCUGCCCAGAAGCCACUGAACAAGUAAUUCAAACCUAUAUUAAAGAAAUUAAGACCAACAUCAUUUUAACAAAGGCGGCAAUUCAACUUAUCGACGAUAGCAACAUGUUCACUAAGCCUUCCCUUUUAGUUCCAAAAUUGAUUAAUCUUGAAAAAAUAUCUGAAAAAAUUCAAUCGGAACCACAUAUUGAUAAGUCAUCGGAAAAAAUGGUUAGUCUGCAACAGAAUUUAAUGGAUAUUUUCAUUAUACUGGACGACCUCUUAAACGAAAAAUCGGAACAAUUAAGUCCCAAGAUAGAAGAAAUCAAAAAAAUAUUGCUCAGUGAAUAUGAUUACAUUGAAAACAGGCAGGGUCUACUACACACAGCAGUAGUUAAUGGAAAAAUACAAAUAAUAACGCAAAAGAUCCUUAAUAUAUGUGAAGACUUUAAAGAUUUCAUUGACCAGCAAAUCAAGAGCGAAUUCGAAUCUACUGAAAUUUCCGCAACUGUAGAACAGGACAGAGAUAUGGGAAAGGAAACACAAGACCAAGUAGACAAAGGUAUUGAACAGAUAACAUUCAAUCAAGAAAAAUCAAAGGUCGAUAAUGAAAAGAUAUCCCAAGAAAAGAAUGAGGAACCCAAAAAGACUGAAAUAAUGGACACAGAAACAAAAUUGAAGAAGACCGAAUCUUUGGAGAGACAAAUCUUGGAGGAAAAACAGUCAGAAGCUGAGACACAAAAGCCAGCAGACAAAGAUGUUGAACAGAAAUCCCAGAAACCAGAAGUAUCCGAAGUCGUUGCAGAGAAGAUUUCUGAAGAAAAGAUUGAUGAGCCCAAGAAGCCUGAGAUAAAAGAAUCAGAAACUAAAUCAGAAAAGGCAGAGGCUUUGGAGAAACAAGUCCUGGAAGAAAAACAAUUGGAAUCUGGGGCACAAAAGCCAGCUGACAAAGAUAUUGAACAGAAAUCCCAAAAACCAGAAGUAUCCGAAGUCGUUGCAGAGAAGAUUACUGAAGAAAAGAUUGAUGAGCCCAAGAAGCCUGAGAUAAAAGAUUCAGAAACUAAAUCAGAAAAGGCAGAGGCUUUGGAGAAACAAGUCCUGGAAGAAAAACAGUUGGAAGCUGGGGUACAAAAGCUAGCAGACAAAGAUAUUGAACAGAAAUCCCAGAAACCAGAAGUAUCCGAAGUCAUUGCAGAGAAGAUUACUGAAGAAAAGAUUGAUGAGCCCAAGAAGCCUGAAAUAAAAGAUUCGGAAACGAAAUCAGAAAAGGCAGAGGCUUUGGAGAAACAAGUCCUGGAAAAAAAACAAUUGGAAUCUGGGGCACAAAAGCCAGCUGACAAAGAUAUUGAACAGAAAUCCCAGAAACCAGAAGUAUCCGAAGUCAUUGAAGAGAAGAUUACUGAAGAAAAGAUUGAUGAGCCAAAGAAGCCUGAGAUAAAGGAUUCGGAAACUAAAUCAGAGAAGGCAGAGGCUAUGGAGAAACAAGUCCUGGAAGAAAAACAGUUGGAAGCUGGAGCACAAAAGCCAGCUGACAAAGAUAUUGAACAGAAAUCCCAGAAACCAGAAGUAUCCGAAGUCAUUGCCGAGAAGAUUACUGAAGAAAAGAUUGAUGAGCCAAAGAAGCCUGAGAUAAAGGAUUCGGAAACUAAUUUAGAGAAGGCAGAGGCCUUGGAGAAACAAGUCCUGGAAGAAAAACAAUUGGAAGCUGGGGCACAAAAGCCAGUUGACAAAGAUAUUGAACAGAAAUCCCAGAAACCAGAAGUAUCUGAAGUCAUUGCAGACAAGAUUACUGAAGAAAAGAUUGAUGAGCCCAAGAAGCCUGAGAUAAAAGAUUCAGAAAUUAAAUCAGAGAAGGCAGAGGCUUUGGAGAAACAAGUCCUGGAAGAAAAACUGUUGGAAGCUGGGGCACAAAAGCCAGCUGACAAAGAUAUUGAACAGAAAUCCCAGAAAACAGAAGUAUCUGAAGUCAUUGCAGAGAAGAUUACUGAAGAAAAGAUUGAUGAGCCCAAGAAGCCUGAGAUAAAGGAUUCGGAAACUAAUUUAGAGAAGGCAGAGGCCUUGGAGAAACAAGUCCUGGAAGAAAAACAGUUGGAAGCUGGGGCACAAAAGCCAGCUGACAAAGAUAUUGAACAGAAAUCCCAGAAACCAGAAGUAUCCGAAGUCAUUGCAGAGAAGAUUACUGAAGAAAAGAUUGAUGAGCCAAAGAAGCCUGAGAUAAAGGAUUCGGAAAUUAAAUCAGAGAAGGCAGAGGCUUUGGAGAAACAAGUCCUGGAAGAAAAACAGUUGGAAACUGGGGCACAAAAGCCAGCUGACAAAGAUAUUGAACAGAAAUCCCAGAAACCAGAAGUAUCCGAAUUCAUUGCAGAGAAGAUUUCUGACGAAAAGAUUGAUGAGCCCAAGAAGCCUGAGAUAAAAGAAUCUGAAACUAAAUCGGAGAAGGCAGAGGCUUUGGAGAAACAAGUCCUGGAAGAAAAACAAUUGGAAGCUGGGGCACAAAAGCCAGCUGACAAAGAUAUUGAACAGAAAUCCCAUAAACCAGAAGUAUCCGAAGUCAUUGCAGAGAAGAUUACUGAAGAAAAGAUUGAUGAGCCAAAGAAGCCUGAGAUAAAGGAUUCGGAAACUAAAUCAGAGAAGGCAGAGGCUUUGGAGAAACAAGUCCUGGAAGAAAACCAGUUGGAAGCUGGGGCACAAAAGCCAGCUGACAAAGAUAUUGAACAGAAAUCCCAGAAACCAGAAGUAUCCGAAGUCAUUGCAGAGAAGAUUACUGAAGAAAAGAUUGAUGAGUCCAAGAAGCCUGAAAUAAAAGAUUCGGAAACUAAAUCAGAAAAGGCAGAGGCUUUGGAGAAACAAGUUCUGGAAGAAAAACAAUUGGAAGCUGGGGUACAAAAGCCAGCUGACAAAGAUAUUGAAGAAAAAUCCCAGAAACCAGAAGUAUUUGAAGUCGUUGCAGAGAAGAUUUCUGAAGAAAAGAUUGAUGAGCCCAAGAAGCCUGAGAUAAAAGAAUCUGAAACUAAAUCGGAGAAGGCAGAGGCUUUGGAGAAACAAGUCCUAGACGAAAAACAGUUGGAAUCUGGGGCACAAAAGCCAGCUGACAAAGAUAUUGAACAGAAAUCCCAGAAACCAGAAGUAUCCGAAGUCAUUGCAAAGAAGAUUACUGAAGAAAAGAUUGAUGAGCCAAAGAAGCCUAAGAUAAAGGAUUCGGAAAUUAAAUCAGAGGAGGCAGAGGCUUUGGAGAAACAAGUCCUGGAAGAAAAACAGUUGGAAGCUGGGGCACAAAAGCCAGCUGACAAAAAUAUUGAACAGAAAUCCCAGAAACCAGAAGUAUCUGAAGUCAUUGCAGAGAAGAUUACUGAAGGAAAGAUUGAUGAGCCCAAGAAGCCUGAGAUAAAAGAAUCUGAAACUAAAUCGGAGAAGGCAGAGGCUUUGGAGAAACAAGUCCUGGAAGAAAAACAGUUGGAAGCUGGAGCACAAAAGCCAGCUGACAAAGAUAUUGAACAGAAAUCCCAGAAACCAGAAGUAUCCGAAGUCGUUGCCGAAAAGAUUACUGAAGAAAAAAUUGAUGAGCCCAAGAAGCCUGAAAUAAAGGAUUCGGAAACUAAAUCAGAAAAGGCAGAGGCUUUGGAGAAACAAGUCCUGGAAGAAAAACAGUUGGAAGCUGGGGCACAAAAGCCAGCUGACAAAAAUAUUGAACAGAAAUCCCAGAAACCAGAAGUAUCUGAAGUCAUUGCAGAGAAGAUUACUGAAGAAAAGAUUGAUGAGCCCAAGAAGCCUGAGAUAAAAGAAUCUGAAACUAAAUCGGAGAAGGCAGAGGCUUUGGAGAAACAAGUCCUGGAAGAAAAACAAUUGGAAGCUGGGGCACAAAAGUCAGCUGACAAAGAUAUUGAACAGAAAUCCCAGAAACCAGAAGUAUCCGAAGUCAUUGCAGAGAAGAUUACUGAAGAAAAGAUUGAUGAGCCAAAGAAGCCUAAGAUAAAGGAUUCGGAAAUUAAAUCAGAGGAGGCAGAGGCUUUGGAGAAACAAGUCCUGGAAGAAAAACAGUUGGAAGCUGGGGCACAAAAGCCAGCUGACAAAAAUAUUGAACAGAAAUCCCAGAAACCAGAAGUAUCUGAAGUCAUUGCAGAGAAGAUUACUGAAGGAAAGAUUGAUGAGCCCAAGAAGCCUGAGAUAAAAGAAUCUGAAACUAAAUCGGAGAAGGCAGAGGCUUUGGAGAAACAAGUCCUGGAAGAAAAACAAUUGGAAGCUGGGGCACAAAAGCCAGCUGACAAAGAUAUUGAACAGAAAUCCCAGAAACCAGAAGUAUCCGAAGCCGUUGCCGAAAAGAUUACUGAAGAAAAAAUUAAUGAGCCCAAGAAGCCUGAAAUAAAGGAUUCGGAAACUAAAUCGGAGAAGGUCAAAGCUUUUGAGAAACAAAUCGUGGAGAAAAAAGAAUUAGAUGCUGAGGCUAAAAAGCAAGACGAAGGAUUUAUGAAACAGAAAUCCGAGAAGCCACAAGUAUCUGAGGCAAAGAAGGACAAAUCCCAGGAAGAUAUCUUAAGUAUUUUGAAUAAACAAUUCAUCGAAUUUUCGAAGGCAGCAAGCAGUGGUAUGAAAGAUAUUUUAACCGAAAGCGAAGUCAUAAUAAAUAACCUUAAGGAUGCAGACGCAGUUUCAAAAUUAAUAUUUAAAUUAAGAGAGCGUAUAGUUCACACCUACGAUGGAAAAUCUGCCGAAGAUAAUAAACUUUUGGAAGCAUUUAUUGAAUCGCUGAUCGAGGCCUCUCCAGAAGUUGCUGAAAAAGUAAUGCACAAUUAUCUCAAGGAAAUUAAAACCAACGUGAUUUUAACAAAAGCAGCAAUUCAACUAAUUGACGACUGUAACAUGUUCACUAAGCCAUCCUUAUUAGUCCCAAAACUGGUUAAUCUAGAGAGAAUUUCAGUAAAAGUUCAAUCGGAACAAUAUGUUGAUAAGUCAUCGGAAAAAAUGAUUAGUUUGCAACAGAGUUUAAUGGAUAUUUUCGUAAUUCUUGAUGACCUCUUAGAUGAGAAGACGGAUAUAUUAAAACCAAAUAUUGAACAAAUUAAAACAAUCCUGCUUAGCGACUAUGACUAUGUUGAAAAUAAACAGGAACCACUGCAUACCGCUGUAAUAAAUGGAAAGAUUCAAAUUAUUACCAAAAAUAUCCUUGCUAUUAUUGAAGACUUGAAACAAUUAACUGACAAACAGGCUCACUUGGCUGAGGUAUCAGAGGGUGAGGGCUCCGAACUUGUUGCUGAAAAAAUAUCCGAAGAAAAGGCUCAAGAAAGUAAAAAAACCGAAGUCAAGGACACUAAAGCUAUAUCUGAAAAGGCUAAGAUCUUGGAUAAAAAAUCAAUUGAAGAAGAAAACUUGCUUGAGAAAAAACAAAAACAGGUUGAGAUACCUGCUGAAGGGAAGGUUCAAUCGGCUGAGGUCUCCGAGGUUGUGUCUGAAAGGAUAUCCGAAGUAAAACCUGAUGAAAGCCAAAAGGCUGAAGUUAAGGACACUGAAGAUACUCCUAAGAAGGCAAAGGUCCUGGAUAAAAAAUCAAUUGCAGUUGAAAAGCUGGAUGAAAAGAUACAAAAACCGGCUGAGAUCGCUGCUGGUGAAAAAACACAAACGGAUGAUAUCUCAGAGAUUGUUUCUGAAAAGAUAUCCGAAGAGAAGGCUCAAGAAAUUAAAAAACCCGAAGUCAAGGAUACUGAGGCUAAGUCCAAAAAGGCAAAGGUCUUGGAAAAGAAAUCAAUCGAAGAAGAAAAACUGAAUGAAAAGAAACAAAAACAGGUUGAGAUCCCUGUUGAAGAGAAGGUUCAACAAGCUGAAGUCUCCGAGGUUGUUGCUGAACAAAUAUCCGAAGAAAAGACUCAAGAAAGUAAAAAGACCGAAGUUAAGGACACUGAAGCUAAACCUAAAAAGGCAAAGGUCUUGGAAAAGAAAUCAAUCGAAGAAGAAAAACUGGAUGAAAAGAAACAAAAACAGGCUGAAAUCCCUGCUGAUGAGAAGGUUCAACAGGCUGAGGUCUCCGAGGUUGUUGCUGAAAAAAUAUCCGAAGAAAAGACUCAAGAAAUUAAAAAGACCGAAGUCAAGGACACUGAAGCUAAACCUAAAAAGGCAAAGGUCUUGGAAAAGAAAUCAAUCGAAGAAGAAAAACUGGAUGAAAAGAAACAAAAACAGGCUGAAAUCCCUGCUGAUGAGAAGGUUCAACAGGCUGAAGUCUCCGAGGUUGUUGCUGAAAAGAUAUCCGAAGAAAAGACUCAAGAAAUUAAAAAGACCGAAGUCAAGGACACUGAAGCUAAACCUAAAAAGGCAAAGGUCUUGGAAAAGAAAUCAAUCGAAGAAGAAAAACUGGAUGAAAAGAAACAAAAACAGGCUGAAAUCCCUGCUGAUGAGAAGGUUCAACAGGCUGAGGUCUCCGAGGUUGUUGCUGAAAAAAUAUCCGAAGAAAAGACUCAAGAAAUUAAAAAGACCGAAGUCAAGGACACUGAAGCUAAACCUAAAAAGGCAAAGGUCUUGGAAAAGAAAUCAAUUGAAGAAGAAAAACUGGAUGAAAAGAAACAAAAACAGGCUGAAAUCCCUGCUGAUGAGAAGGUUCAACAGGCUGAGGUCGCCGAGGUUGUUGCUGAAAAAAUAUCCGAAGAAACGACUCAAGAAAUUAAAAAGACCGAAGUCAAGGACACUGAAGCUAAACCUAAAAAGGCAAAGGUCUUGGAAAAGAAAUCAAUCGAAGAAGAAAAACUGGAUGAAAAGACUCAAAAACAGGCUGAAAUCCCUGCUGAUGAGAAGGUUCAACAGGCUGAAGUCUCCGAGGUUGUUGCUGAAAAGAUAUCCGAAGAAAAGACUCAAGAAAGUAAAAAGACCGAAGUCAAGGACACUGAAGCUAAACCCAAAAAGGCAAAGGUCUUGGAAAAGAAAUCAAUCGAAGAAGAAAAACUGGAUGAAAACAAACAAAAACAGGCUGAAGUCCCUGCUGAUGAGAAGGUUGAGCAGGCUGAGGUCUCCGAGGUUCUUGCUGAAAAGAUAUCUGAAGGAAAGGCUCAAGAAAUUAAAAAACCCGAAGUCAAGGACACUGAAGCUAAGUCUAAAAAGGCUAAGGUUUUGGAAAAGACAUCAAUCAAUCAAGAAAAACUGGAUGAAAAUAAUCAAAAACCGACUGUGGUCGUUGCUGAUGAUAAAUCUGAAAAGGCUGAGGUCUCCGAGGUUAUUGCUGAAGAAAGAAAGAAAGAAGUUAAAACAAAGAAGCCAAUGGACUUGGAGAAAAAAUCUGCCGAUGGUCGAGAACUAGAUGAAAAGAAACAAAAACUGGCUGAUAAGGAAGCGCGAAAGGAAGAAGCCGAGGUUAUUAAUGAAAAGAUAUUAAAAGCGCAGGCUGAGAAGGUGCAAGUUGAAGCUAAGAAGAAAGAUGCUGAGGAAAUCAAGGUCCUGGAUGAAGAAUCAGCUUAUGCCAGACGCAAGGUGUUUGAAGUUGAGGAAUCUGCUGACUCUGUUAGCUUGCAAACGUACAAGUCAUUGGGUUCCGAGUACAAGGAUAAGAAGGAAUCCCGAAGUGCCAAACGCAAGCCCACAAUUGACAUCCAAUUAACGAACCGGAACACCGCCUCCGGCAGCGACCUCAAGUUGACUUGUGGGCUGUCGGGUCAUGACAUGAACGUGGAAUGGUUCAAGGAGAACAGUCCAAUCGAGAAUGGGGCCAAGUAUAGGAGGACACUGAACGACGGACUGUCGUGCCUUGAAAUUAAAUCGGCCGAACUUAGUGACUCUGGCAUUUACCGCUGCAUAGCGUCCAAUCAAAAUGGAGAAGUCGAAACUAGCUGUCUUGUGACUAUAUACGAAGCACCUUCGAGCAAAUUUGGCACCCCGCCAAUAUUUACACGCAACAUUCGAGAGUACUACCAUCUGCGCGACGAUGAGCUGACCAUCGAGUGCCACGUCCACGGAGUACCGCGACCGGUGAUCACCUGGUGGCGCGGUGCCUUCCAGGUGAAGCCCAGCUACAAGUUCACCAUGCUGGAGGAGGCGCACGGCGUGUGCAAGCUGCUCAUCUACAAGCCGGGCAACAAGGACAGCGGCAUCUACACCCUGAAGGCCAUCAACUCCAGUGGCGAGGUCCAGAUCAACCACACGGUCGAGGUAGCCCGGAAUCUGCACUACCAUGUGCCCGGCAUCUUCCAUGCCCGCGACAAGAUCCAGCUAGACAGCUUGAAGCAGGCCAAGAAGGCCAUGGAGGAGGCCCUCAAGUCGAAGGCCGACUCCGACCAGAGGAGGGCAGAGGCGGAGGAGGAGCAGGCGCGCCUGCACCCGGUGAGGGCGACUCCGGAGAAGCUGGUGCCCGCCAAGCAGAAACUGGCAUUUGCCACCCAGCUGCGCGAUCGCAUGGCGCUCGAGGGAUCGACUGUUAAGUUUGUGGCCACUGUGAUCGGACCCGAACCCAACACGCGCUGGAUGAAGGAUGACAAAUGGGUGGUGGUGGCCGGCAACGUGAAGAACUUGUCCGAGGAGGGCAAGGCCAUUAUUGAGAUCAGCAACGUCACAUCCGCCGAUUCGGGUGUCUACAAGUGCGUGGCCAAAAACGAUCUCAGCGAGAUCGAGACAUCCUGCUACUUCAAGGUGUAUGCUGCCCAGGCGGAUGGCGACGAGUCGGAGCCCAUUUUCGCCCUGCCCCUGCGAGAUGUGUAUCACGCCUCGCAGAACGAUCUGAUUCUCGAUACGAAGGUGCGCGGCAACCCCCGCCCCGAAAUCUCGUGGACCAAGGACCAGAUACCCGUGGUGGUCGACGAUCGGGUGGUGCAGAUCGAGCACUUGGACGGCAUUUGCGAGCUGAUCAUCAACAAGCCGACGAUCAAUGACAACGGCAUCUACGUCUGCACAGCCAAGAGCAAGCUGGGCAGUCAGUCGACCACCCACACGGUCGUUGUCGACACCACCCACACGUCGCGCCGUUCGAGCAUCCUGUCCGCCAUCGCCAUGCAGGAAGGAGGAGGUGAGCCCGCCGAGGGCGGCAAGGCCAAGGGCAAGAAAAAGAAGAAGGACGACGAGGCCGAGGGCGGCGCCGGUGGCGAAGGGGGUUACGAGCGACGCAGCCGGAUGCCAGAUCCUUCGCCCAAGCAGAUGCUGUACUUCACGGUCAACCUGUCCAACCGUUACGUGGCCGAGGGGUCCAAGGUCAAGUUGCAGGCCGUCAUCGGCGGCCCGCAGCCCAUGAUCAAGUGGCUGAAGGACGACCAGAAUGUCACUUACGGGAACAACAUUCGCAACAUGAACCGCGACAGCUUGGCAGUUCUGGAAUUCACCAAUGCCCAGGCUGAGGACUCUGGCACCUACUCCAUCGUGGCCCAGAACGAGUCGUGCAAGAUCACCACCUCUGCCAUGCUGCAUGUCUACCAGCCGAAGGUCAACACGGAUGUUCAGCCCGUCUUUAUUCGGUCUCUCAAAGAAACCUACCACCUGAACACCAACGAACUGAUCCUGGAGACGGCCGUGAGGGGACAGCCUACGCCCGAGGUCCAGUGGUUCAAGGACAGCAUCGAAAUCCAGAGCGGCGGUCGUUACCAGCUCAUCGAGCACCAGGACGGCACCUGUGAGCUCAUCAUCGAUCGGCCGGACAACAAGGACUCCGGCAAGUAUGUGCUCAAGGCCGAAAGUCGCGCCGGCAAGAUGGAGAUCUCGCACUAUGUGCUCUUCGAGGGUCAGGCCCAUCACAUCGCGGACAACAUCCAUGGCGUGUUCCAUGCGGACAAGAGUCUGCUGCGCCCCAAGGAGGUGGAGAAGCCGGUGGAGAAGAAGCCGGCACCAGCUGCGGCUCCCGAGCCGGAAUCCGAGGCUGAGGACGGCAAGGCGAAGAGACGUGGCCGCAAGGAGGAGGAUGAAGGCGCAUCCUCGGCCUACGCAUCCGACUAUGCCUCUGAUAGCGGCAGCUUGUCAAGCAAGCGUCGCGAGAAGAACAUUGCGAUUCACUUCAGCACCUCGAUGCGAGAUCGCGUUGUGGCCGAGGGAUCCAAGGUGAAGAUUUCAUGCUUCCUGGAGGCCAAGGAACCGCAGGUCAAGUGGUUCAAGGAUGGCGAACAGAUCCAGAACUCACCGAAGAUCAGGGGCAGGUACAGCGAGGGCCUGUGCCUGCUGGAGGUCAUGAGCGCCACGGCGGAGGACAAUGGCGAGUACAAGUGCUGGGGUCGCGACGAGACUGGCGAGGCUUCAACCUCCUGCCGACUGGAAGUGUACGAGGAUCCGGGCACCGGUGACGUGCCUCCCACCUUCACGAGGAAUAUUAAGGACACGAUGCACGGCAAGAUCAAUGAGCUGCAGCUGGACGUUCAUGUGCGUGGUCUGCCCACCCCGUCGGUCACGUGGGUGAAGGAUGGCGUCAAGGUGGAGAACAGCGAGAAGUAUCAGCAGGUGGACCACGACGACGGCACCUGCGAGCUGUUCAUCAGCCAUCCGAAGGCCUCGGACAGCGGCAAGUACGUUUGCCAGGCGGAGAAUCGCGAGGGCAAGACGGAGAUCGUCCACAUGAUCACCGUGGAGCCACGCGUGAGAGCGCCACGCAUCUCACCGCCCAGGGAGGGAAGACCACCACGUCCGGCCGGCGAUGAGGAGGCACCAGCUGGAGAAGAGGGCGCCGAAGGUGAAGGCGGCGAGGGUGGCGAGAAGCGUCGCAGGAAGCCAAAGCCGGAUGAGGAGGAGCAAACCAGCUCCAGACGCGAGGUGCCACCGCCUCCGGAUCUAAGGAAGCGCCUGUACUUCAGGAACUUCCUCUCCAACCGAACUGUGAAGUCGGGCAGCAAUGUCAAGUGGAUGGUGAACAUCGAUGGACCGGAGCCAACGGCAAAGUGGUUCUUCGGUGAUCAACCAAUCGCCUUUGGACCGAAGAGCAAGAUGUCCAUGCAGGAUGGCAUUGCCUGGUUGAAUCUCGUUGGGGUCACCGAAGAGGAGGCUGGAGAAUAUACUUUGCGGGUCAGGGGUAGUGAAAACGAAAUCGUGAGCACUUGCACCUUGUUUGUGUACAGCACGGGCAAGCCGGAGGUUAUCUCGCCCACCUUUGUAGUGGGCAUCAAAGACACAUAUUCUCUUAACGAGAAUGAGUUGGUUCUGGAUUGCCGCGUACGUGGCCAACCGCGUCCUGAGAUCCAGUGGAUAAAGGGCACCGAGCCCAUCGAAAAUGGCGAGAAGUACAAGCUGAGUGACCAGGCCGACGGCUACGCCAAGCUGGUCAUCCUGAAUCCCACGGAGAAGGAUUCGGGCGUCUAUUGGUGUGUGGCCCGCAACGAGGGAGCCGAGAACAAGAUCUCCCACCAGGUGGACUUCAAGGGUCGCCAGAACUACUCGCUCCAGAAGACGCACGGCUUCUUCCACCGCGACCCCAACAAGCCGCACUUCCUGCUGCCCCUGGGCAACCAGACGGUGUGCAACGGCGGCACGGUGGCCAUUUCGGCCGAGUUCAUGCAGACCAGCACACCCAUCGAAGUAAAGUGGUACCGCGAUCGCCGCGUGGUGGACGGACCCAAUGUCAAGGCCUUGGCCGAUCGCGGCGUUUACACGUUGACCAUCAUGAAUGCCGGUCCCGAGGUCGAGGGCACCUACACCUGCCGGGCCUCCAACGCUUUCGGACGCAUCGAAUCCCAUGCCAACAUCGAUGUCGCCGUGGGAGCUGAGAAGGACGAGCGUCCUCCACUGUUCCUGUCCCGGCCAGACACCGAAAUGAAGAUCGCCGUGGGUGAUCCCUUCUCCCUGUCCUUCCGCAUUGCCGGCGAACCGAAACCAAAGCUCACCUUCAUGAAGGGCACGAAGGACAUCACCCAGUCGGAUCGGGUCAGCAAAGAGGUGUCCGACGACUACACAAGAUUCUCAGUGCAGCAGGCCCAGAUCUCCGACUCUGGCACCUACUUCGUGGUGGCCCGCAACAACUUUGGCACUGACAGGAUAUUCGUUACUGUGACGGUAAACCCGCGCGCUCGCUCCGCCACGCCAACGCAAACACGCUGGGGCCUUCCCCUGGACAGUUACAGCGAUACUUCGUACUUCAGAGAUCCACCGGGUUGCAUUUCCACCGAACCACUGGUCGUUGAUUCCGGACCCACCCACAUCUCUUUGUCGUGGGGCAAGCCGGUUAGCGCCAACUCGGCUCCGGUGAUGGCAUACAAAGUGGAGGCCUGGGUUGUGGGUCACGAGGGCGGCGCAUACUGGCGGGAACUGGGCCUCACGCCCAUUAACUCCUUCGACGCCUUCAACCUGAAACCCAACCUCGAGUACCACUUCCGGGUGACGCCCAAGAACCGGUAUGGCUGGGGUCCCACCGUGCAGACCAGUUCACCCCUCCAAGUGGGCGGCGUUGAGUGUCUGCCCGAGUUCGUCAAGAUCCUGCCGGGCCAGGCCAAGGCUCUGCUGGGCUCCUCCUUCACCCUGCAGUGCAACAUGCGUGGAGCUCCGCGGCCACAGGUCACCUGGUCCAAGGAUGGCAUUCAACUGAGCAGCAGUUCAGAGCGCGUCAAGAUCAGGCAGAUCGGUUCCACUUGCGCCCUUACCAUCGCCACUGUGAGCGAACUGGACUCGGGUCGUUACACUUGCGAGGCCACCAACUCCAAGGGCAGAGUCUCCACCUUCGCCCGCCUCCAGGUCGUCUCCGAUUCGAGGAUCUAUGAGGCGGAUUCGCGGUUGAAGGAGAUCGCCCACGGGCGCAAUGUGGCCGAUGUCGGCGACUCGCUGCCCAUUUUCACCAUGCGCUUGAGGGAUCGCCGCGUCCAGGUUACCUAUCCAGUGCGCCUCACCUGCCAGAUCGUGGGCUAUCCCGUGCCAGAGAUCCUGUGGUACAAGGACGAUGAGCUCGUCCACACUGACAGGAAGCAUCUCAUCAGCGCCGAGGGACAGUUCUUCACGCUGGAAAUCGCGGCCACCACGUUGGACGAUAGCGGCACCUACACCUGCCUGGCUAAGAACGAACUGGGUUCUGUCUCCUGUCACUGCACUUUGGUGGUGGAUAAGGGCAUACGAGCCUAUAUCUCCCCAGACUUCUACGUGCCACUGGAUCCCUUCUACAUAUUCCGCGAGGGCUCCGAAAUCCGUCUGUCCACGAAGGUGGAGGCGUAUCCGUCUGUGGGAGUCACAUGGCAUCGCAACGGGAUGCGACUGCGUCCGAGUCGACGUCUGACCGCCACCUUGGACUCCAAUGGCUAUGUGGAGCUAAUUAUUGCCGAGGCCACGUUAAGGGAUGCCGGCAUUUAUGUGUGUGUCGCCUCCAAUGUCGUGGGAAAAGUGGAGACCAUCUGUCGGGUGGCAAUCGAGGAGGAGGAGAACAAGAACGUGGCUCCGCAGCGAUCCCUGGAAAUACCCAGCAUCAAGACUGACGACCUGCCUUAUUCCAAGGAGCCCCUAUUUGUGGUUAAGCCGCGCUCCAGCGAAGCCUACGAGGGCGACAACGUCAUCAUAUUCUGCGAGGUGGUUGGCGAUCCCAAGCCCGAAGUCGUUUGGCUGCGCGAUUUUCUGAAUCCGGAAUACUACAAGGACGCGCCCCACUUCCGCCGCAUUGGAGACGGACCCGAGUACAGACUGGAGAUACCCAGCGCCAAGUUGGACUUCACCGGCACCUAUUCCGUGAUAGCCAGCAAUUGCCAUGGCGAGGCCAAGGCUGUAAUAUCGCUACAAAUUUUCGCCAAAGACAUACUCAACAGUAGCCGCAUGGAUAAAGUGCACACGCGACAUGGCAAAAUCGAGACCCUUCCCCGAUUCGUUCGCAACUUGCGAAACCUGCGCUGUUGCGAUGGGGAUGCGAUAUCGCUGGAGUGCCAUGUGGAGGCCGAUCCGGAGCCAUUCAUCAUCUGGGAGAAGGACGGGCACGUGGUGCCCAGCGAUCGAGACUACGUGAUGUCCUUCGACGGGACCAAGGCCACGCUGAGUAUUCCACGCGUGUAUCCGGAGGAUGAGGGCGAGUACACGUGCGUAGCCAAGAACUCGGUGGGCCGCAGCCUCUCCUCCGCCUGCAUCAUUGUGGACGUGCCAGAGGAGAAGGAGAACAUGCUGAGUCGCCAGUUGACGCGUCCCAGCGGCCUACUCUCCGCCCACUCCACGCCCCGUUCCACGCCAAGAUCGACGCCCGCGAGGAGCUUCUCCCCGCUGCGCCUGUCCUACCGCACCAGCAGCAUCGACCUGUCCGGCGUGUCGGAGCGGAGGCGCAGUGACGCCCGGAACGCCAUCACGGCGCCCAAGUUCCUCGCCAUUCCCUACAACCGCGUCGUCGAGGAGGGCGACAGUGUGCGCUUCCAGUGCGCCAUCUCCGGCCAUCCCACGCCGUGGGCCACCUGGGACAAGGAUGGCUUCGUGGUCAUACCCACGCCGCGCGUCGCCGUCAAGGAAAUCGACGACCUGCGCAUCAUCGAGAUCGACGAGGUGUCCUUCGAGGAUGCCGGCCUGUAUCGCGUCACCCUGGAAAACGAUUUCGGUCGGAUUGAGGCCACCGCCCGUUUGGACGUCAUCCGCAGCUCCCGCUACUCCAAGUCGCCCUCGGUGCGCAGUGUGCGCGCCUCCUCCUCCCGCCGAAAUGCCCACCUCUACAGGCGCCUCAUGGGUCCAUCCACAGCAAUUGGCGGACGCAUGGCUCUGGCAAGUGGCUACAGGGGCUCCUCGGUGCCCUCGGUGAGAUUCUACCACAACAACGUGCAGCUGGAGGCCUCGGAGCGAGUGCACAUCCUGCUGCGCGAGGAGGACUCGAUGGCCCUGCUGAUCGUGGACAAUGUGACGCGCGAGGACGAGGGCUUGUAUACCUGCAUCUUAAGCGGCGACCACGAUCCUCUGAUCAGCUCCACCACAGUCGCCUUCCACGAACUGGGUGCGGAGAUCCAGAGACGCGGCGCCGUCGUCACUGAACCACUGCCUGAGAUUACUAAAGCGCUGGAGGGCGAGGUGAUCGAUCUGAGCUGCGCCAUCGAUUGCGAUGAGCCCUACAACUACAUAUGGCUGCGGAAUGGCGAAAUUCUACCGGACGGCGAUGAGUUCAAUUACAUUGAUCACGGCAAUGGACAAUUGUGCCUACGAAUCAACGACGCCUUCGACAUUGACUCGGGCACUUACAGCUGCCAGGUGUUUACCAGCGAUAUGAAUGUCAUCUCCACUUCCAAGUCAAGCUCCACCUCCACUUCCAACUCCAACUCCAGCGGAUUCGAUUGCAGCAGCAGCGGGGAGCUGUGCGUGUUGGAGCGGGAUCUGGGUCGGCAGGACGAGGAGUGCGUCCAGUUGCUGAAGACUCCUCUGCCGGUGGUAUGCGGAUCCGGCGAGGAGGCCCUGUUCUACGCGAGAGUUUUCCCCUGCGAAGCGGAAGCCGAAUGGUACCUCAAUGGGCAGCUAUUGGCCCAGGCGGAUGACUCACUUAACAUGACGUUGGAGUCAUAUCCAGAGAACGGCAUUCGGCUGCUGCGCAUGCGUGACGUCACCGCUUCGAGGAGCGGAGAGAUCUGUCUGCAGGUGAAGCAUCCCCAGGCGGAGUCGCGGCGCAUCCCUGCCAGCCGCACCUACACCAGCCUCCUGGUCCUGCCCGCCAUCAGGGGCAACAGCUCCUGUUCCUCGCUGGCGGCCAGAAGCUGCAUCUUGACCCGCCCCGAGGACUGCACCGCCCUGAUUGGUGGCCAUGUUCGGCUGAGCGUUCGCUACGAGCCAUUCCCGGGCACCACAGUCGUCUGGUACAAGGCGUGUCAUCCCAUUGUUGAGAGCUCCAAUGUGACAAUCCGCACCACGGGCCAACAGUCAACGCUCUAUAUCACGGACAUCUCGGCGGAUGACAGUGGCAAGUAUACAGUGGAGGUGAUGAACGACUACGGCGUGGAGGCCUCCGCCGCCUCAGUGGCAGUGGAAGGACCUCCGGAGCCACCCAGUGGCCAACCCAGCGUGUCCCUGGGACCGGAUCGCGUGGCAGUGGCCUGGUGUGGACCACCCUACGACGGUGGCUGCAUGAUCACAGGAUUUAUCAUUGAGAUGCAGACCAUUGGAGGGGACAGUGAAACCUGGACCCAGGUGACCCGAGUGGUCGACACCUUAGCCUACACCGUCAAGAAUCUCCGGCCACAGCUGCAGUACCGAUUCAGGGUGCGGGCUGAAAACAUCCACGGACGCAGUGCACCCGGUCAGGCCAGCGAACUGGUGCAGAUCACCGGCAAGCCACAGAGGAGCACAUCGGAUGUCACCGAUCAUUUCGGGCAGUCGGUGAGCGUCCAAUCCGGCGGAGACUUCAAGUCGCGAUUCGAGAUAAUCGAGGAGUUGGGCAAAGGACGCUUUGGCACCGUCUUCAAGGUGCAGGAACGCGGUCAGCCGGAGCAACUGCUGGCCGCCAAGGUGAUCAAGUGCAUCAAGUCCCAGGAUCGACAGAAGGUGCUCGAGGAGAUCUCCAUCAUGCGCUCGCUGCAGCAUCCCAAGCUCCUCCAGCUGGCUGCCUCCUUCGAAAGUCCCAGGGAAAUCGUCAUGGUGAUGGAGUACAUAACUGGCGGUGAACUAUUCGAACGUGUGGUGGCUGACGACUUCACACUGACCGAGAUGGACUGCAUCCUGUUCCUGCGACAGGUGUGCGAUGGCGUGGCCUAUAUGCAUAGUCAGAGCGUGGUCCACCUGGACUUGAAGCCCGAGAACAUCAUGUGCCAUACCCGCACCAGUCACCAGAUCAAGAUCAUUGACUUUGGCCUGGCCCAACGACUCGAUACGAAAGCCCCCGUCCGCGUUCUCUUCGGAACCCCUGAGUUUAUACCGCCAGAGAUCAUUAGCUACGAGCCCAUUGGCUUCCAGUCGGACAUGUGGAGCGUGGGCGUCAUCUGCUAUGUGCUGCUCUCGGGUCUCUCUCCUUUCAUGGGCGAUACGGAUGUGGAAACCUUCUCGAAUAUAACAAGGGCGGACUACGACUACGAUGAUGAGGCCUUCGACUGCGUUUCCCAGGAGGCCAAGGACUUAAUUUCCCAGCUGCUGGUCCAUCGGAAGGAGGAGCGCCUUACCGCCCAGCAGUGCCUGGAGUCCAAGUGGUUGUGCCAGCGCCACGACGACAAUCUCAGCAACAACAAGAUCUGCACGGACAAGCUGAAGAAGUUCAUCAUCCGACGCAAGUGGCAGAAAACUGGCAAUGCCAUCCGUGCUCUUGGUCGCAUGACCAGCUUGUCCGUGUCGCGAAGGAACUCCGCCAUUGCCAUGGGAGCACUGAGUAGUCCGAGGCCCUCGAUUUCGGGACUGGGCAUGCUGACCAUGGCCAGUGCGAUGGGCAGUGGGCUGAGCUCCCAGAUGACCUCCCUGCACGAGGAGGAGGACGACUUCAGUGUGGAGAUGCCGCCGGUGGAGAAGCGCACCGUUCUCAAGCUGCGGGAUAAAUCACAGUGCAGUGAACGCAGUGAUUCCGGAUACAGCGAGUGCUCCAACUGCAGUGGAGCCCAGGAGACGCUGCUCCUCUCGCUGGCCAAGUCCAAGCUGGAGGCGAUAGCCAAGGCGAGCACCGCUCUCACCGUGGUUCAGGACGCAGAGCAUCCUGUCAGCCUGGAGCUGCCCACCACGGGCAAUGCCAUCAUGCGAUCGGACUUCACCAACACCGUUAAGAUGCGCAAAAAAUCACUGGAGGACAGCGCCGCGCGGGAGAAACCCAAGUCCAAGCCUCUGGUCAAGCCUCUGUGUGAGUCCAAGCUGAAGGUGUCCCAGCUGAAGGAUAGGUUCCAGGUUUCCCCUGCUCCUGCUUCUGCAUCCGCUGCUAACAAACCUCCGCUUGCCUUUGAGCCCUUCAAAAUAGCCAAGGUGGCGAGUGUGGGACGCAUCAGUAGAACAGAGGAGCCAGGGAAAACCGGAAGAGUCAUCGGCACUGGCAGUGGAUCCUCCAAAGGCAAGCCUCCUCAGGCCCGCUCCAUGCCCAGUUCCCCGCUGCCCCAGCGAUCCGCCACGCCGACGCGGCUGAUGAGCCACCGCGUCCGGGAGGCGGCGGAGCGUCUUGCCCAACAGCACACGGUGGCCAGUGCUCAGCGGCAGUUGGCUAACGCCGGCGGCAGUGGCAACAACUUUGGCAAUGGAAAUGGGAACACGGCGGAGACAAAUCGCGAAUCUCGCGCUCGACGUCUCAUCAACCGAUUCAACAACGAAACGCAGCAUAUCACGUCCUAGAUUAAGUCGGUUAUGCAACCGAUCAACAUAACUUUAUUACAGAUAUAGCAGAUAUAGCAUUGUUUAAGCAAACCCCAGAGAAACUCUACGAACACUCGAAUAUGAAGCGAUUGCGAAUGCGAAGCGACUGCGGAUCAAAACGCACCCACCCAGCAUCCAACAUCCAACAUCCGACAUCCAACCCGCACACACCCACUCACAGUAGGAUAUGUCUGCAUCCGAGCGGAUGCACUCCCUCCAGUCGGAGGGACUGUACUUAGGCUAGAGGAAGCUAAGUGUUUAAAUUAUUGUAUCGAUUUAUAUACAUAUUUACCAUACUAAUUAAAGUUAAUGUGUAACGAAA